CAUCAUCCCCAUGCCAUGGGGAAGGGACGGUGAUGGAAGCUGCAAUCCAGCGACAUUGGGGAAGGUCCCAGUCGCCACCCAAACCCUACAUUUUUUUUUAGCAGGAGAGUUAAGAAUUACCCACUUGAUUCGCCUUAGAAGUUAAAACCAAUAUAUUAACAAUAUAUAGGCGAAAAUCCAUUGGGAAUUCCCAGCUAGAGUAGGUCCAUUGGAGCAGCGUAGGUUUGGGUGAUCAACUCAGGUUUCCUGUGUGCCGGAGCCACACCUUCCCUCGAGGCUUGGGGGGUGACAAAGGGGAAGUGUCCUCUCUUUUAAGAGGUUUGACGGUGGAGAGGCGCCGCUCUCUCGGGACCACGUCGUGUCCGGAGGAGGAUGAUGGCGGCGUGCCUGGGGUUGCUGCUGCUGCUUUUCCUGCCAGCUUGGUCUGCAGGUGCGAAGCUUAGCUUUGCCUCCUAUUAUGCUGAUCACAUGGUAUUACAGAAAGAGCCCAGCCAAGCGGUCCUGUGGGGCUACGGAAAGCCCGGCGCCAACAUAUUUGUGACUCUUCGCCAAAGGCGUAGUCAGGAACACGUUAUGAAAAAAGUAACCAUGGUUCAAGACACCACAAUCUGGAAAGUCCUUCUCCUUGCAAUGCAUCCGGGAGGCCCUUACACUAUAGAAGUCCAGCAGUCCAACAAGAAAAAGAUGUCAAAUGUAACCCUAAAAGAUGUCUACUUUGGAGACGUCUGGCUUUGUAGCGGGCAGAGUAACAUGGAGAUGACCGUUUCACAGAUAUUCAAUGCCAGCGAGGAACUUGCAGCAGCCUCCCAGUAUCCGCUGGUGCGUGUCUUUGCCCCUGCUCUUGUUGAAUCUGAAACUGAACUGGAGGACCUGGCCGGCAUCAACUUGCAGUGGUCUAUUCCGACAGCCAAAAACCUGGGCCACGGAGAUUUCACCUAUUUCUCUGCCGUGUGUUGGCUGUUCGGACGGUAUUUGUACGAGAAGCUCAGAUACCCUAUAGGACUGAUAGACUCCUCAUGGGGAGGGACACCGAUUGAGGCCUGGUCUUCAAAGAGGGCACUGGCUAAAUGCGCAGUCCCCCCAGGGGACACUAAAAGAUUUCCUGUUUCCGACCACAAUGGUGGCCCCAAAGACUAUUCUGUACUCUGGAAUGCAAUGAUUCACCCUCUCCUCAACAUGACCCUCCAAGGCGCUAUUUGGUAUCAAGGUGAACAGAACACCCUCAUGAACACAGAUCUGUACAACUGCACAUUCCCUGCCCUCAUUCGAGAUUGGCGGAGGGCUUUCCACAAGGGAUCUGGGGGACAGACUCCCUCUGACUUUCCCUUUGGCUUUGUCCAGUUAUGUACAGAUCGUCGUGCGGUGACUGACGAUCACUUUCCGCGUAUCCGAUGGCAUCAGACAGCUGAUUAUGGCUACGUCCCUAAUGAGAAAAUGCCCAAUACUUUUAUGGCUGUGACCAUAGAUCUUGGUGAUCAUAAUUCUCCCUACGGCAGCAUCCACCCACGCGAUAAGCAGACUGUCGCUUACAGAUUGCACCUUGGCGCGUUGGCAGUAGCAUACGGUGAGAAAAGUAUGAUAUUCCAAGGACCCUACCCUCAGAAGGUGCAGGUCAAUGUGGUCAAGAAGUAUAUUAACGUCACCUAUGGAGAACGUGUCCAUCUUCACCACUUGGACAACAAGAUAUUUGAGGUAUGCUGCUCUGAACAGCCACUCUGCAAGUGGAGCCCUGUGCCCAUCAAGUCAUCUUCUUCUUCCUCGGUGAUGCUGCAAAACCCAGUUUGUCCAGAUGCCGUGGCUGGCCUGCGGUAUGCAUGGGGAGAUUGGCCGUGUGAAUACAAGCAGUGUCCCAUUUACAAUUUGCACGACUUGCCUGGCCCUCCGUUUAUUACCUUUGCCCGCAAUAACCCUGGUUGGACUGUGUCAUAAGUAAGGCAAGAACAACUAGGAAGGAUUGAGAGCCUCUUGUCUUGUUCUCAUGAACCCCAGCGGCACCAAGGGACGCUGGAGAAACCGACACAUUUUUCCAAAGUUCGUUAACUUCUCAGGCUAAUGAUGGCAAAGCAGAGACUCUACACUGGGGACUGUGGUUGUUUACUCACCAGGAAAGUAAGGGAUAAAUGAAUUGCUUGUGAGGGGAAUUUCUUGCACUGUCUGAACUUUUAUCAUAAUACAGAAAAUAUUGGGUACCACUGCGUUGGAGAUCAGAGAAGGUACACACCAAACCACUCCCACCUAAUCACACCUAUCAGUCACAUACAGGAUCUGAUGUUGCAUUUACGCACAAGCUAAAUAAGUUAAGAGUUUAGAGUCUCAGGUUAUGAUGGACCUCUAAAUGCAUUUUUUAAAAUUAA